AUGCAGUCGAGGCGAAACUCCAUGAUGUCGCGUGUGUGCCGAAAGUACGCACGCGUUCCAGGACAGCAUGGCGACGGCAACAUUCCUGCGUUUUACCCCAUUGCCAUCAACCCCGGUUGGUGGGGUCAACCGUUUGGAAAAGUGAAGGAUUCGAAGAGCCAACUUUUCUUCAUGUAUGGAAUCUUUUUCCCCUUUUUAUUGUAUUGGGCGUUUGACUUAUCAUUUGCCCAACGCACGCGCGUUGCCACCGUGGGUAAACGGGCCCUGUACUCGAAUACCUUUUUUAGGCAGUUGGACCUGGACGACCCAGAUCAUGCGAUCCGGUACGAAAAGAUGCGUGAGGAAGUAGCGGAGAACAAGUUGGAGGUCCGUUGGGGUGGCUCCAAUUUCCUUGCAAGCUACUUGUGGGAACCGGGAGAUCCACAGCCAGACAUUCGCCGCCAAACACCUCCAGAGCAUCAUCAUUAG